AUGACGCUGGGAAAGAUCAUCAUUCUCGUCGACAAGAAAAACAAGAAGCAGCCCCUCUGCACGCAAUCUAGAAGCGGCAAAGAUGGAGACGAGAUGGUAGGAUUCAACCAAAAUGCUCCUCUCCCUCGUCCCGACACCUUCAUCGUGUUCUGCCUCAUCUCUCUCGAAACCAAGAUAUUGGCACAAGCCACAUCACCCAUCAUCCCCCCUUCUGAAGUGGAGGAGCGAAAGGAUGCGCUGAAGUGCGGCCAAUUGACGGAGAAGAUGCUGGAGAAGAUCAGCGGCCAGCUGAAGAACAAUCACAUGAAGACGCUCACGACGACCGCCUACUCCUUCCACUACAUCAUGGAGGACGGCCUCAUCUUCAUCUGCGCUGCCCAUCCCGAAUUCGAGCAGAAGAUCGCCUUCGGCUUCCUGCGCGACGUGAAGGAGCGGUUCCUGAGGAAGUUCGACGUGGAUCGCGUUAAGGCCGCCAAGCCCUACGAGCUCAACGACGAGUUCCAGCACACGCUCGAGAAGAAGAUGGUCUACUACUCGACCGAGAGCACGGAGAAGAUCGUGGAGGUCAUGCGCAAGCUCGACAGGGUCAAGCAGACCAUGCGAGAGACCAUCGACCGCGCCAUCCGACGAGGCGAAGACCUCUCCGAGCUCGCGUGGAAGGCCAAGACCAUGGAGGACGCCGGCCAGAGCUUCAAGCUCGUCGCCGCCGAGACCAAGCGAAAGUACUGCUGGCUCAACUUCAAGACCUCUCUCGCCUUUGCCCUCGUGGUGGCACUCUGCGUGCUGGCGGUGAUCUGGAUCAUCGGCAGUAUAGCGUGUGGCGGGCUGACGUGGACCGCGUGCCGGGGCAGUGGGAGCCCGGAGGCGGCAGCGUAG